GUUCUGGAGGAGGAGGACUAUGAGGUGUGGAUGAAGGAACAGCUGCUGGCAGAGAGCAGCAUAGAGAACAGGGAGGAGCUGCUGCUGCAGUCAGCUGAGAGACUGGAGACAGACCUCACCCUGCUGGGCACCACGGGGAUUGUAGACAGACUGCAGGAGGAGGUCCCAGAGACCAUUGAAGCUCUUCAGAGGGCCGGGAUCAAAGUCUGGAUCCUCACUGGAGAUAAAAAAGAGACAGCCAUCAACAUCGCCUACGCCUGCAAACUGCUCUGUCCUAACGACCAGCUGCUGACAGCCAACUGUGGAAGCAAGGAUGCGUGUGCAGCUUUACUGGAGGAGCUCAAAGUGGAAGUGCAGCGAGGCGAAGACAGUUUGACUGAGCUAACUGCAGCAGAGAAUCCUGGGGAAUCGUCGUCAGCCAGCAGAGCGGGCUUCAUCCUGGUUAUAGAUGGCCGGACGCUGGACUGGGCCCUGCAGGAGGAGCUGAAAAGCCACUUCCUGGAGCUGAGCUGUAGAUGCAAAGCAGUCAUCUGCUGCAGGUCCACGCCACUGCAGAAGAGCCAGGUGGUCCACCUGAUCCGGAACCAGCUCGGCGUCAUGACCCUGGCCGUGGGUGAUGGGGCCAAUGAUGUGAGCAUGAUUCAGGUGGCUGAUGUAGGCAUCGGGAUAUCUGGUCAGGAGGGCAUGCAGGCUGUGAUGUCCAGUGACUUUGCGAUCUCCAGGUUUAAACACCUCAGUCGGCUGCUGCUGGUCCACGGUCACUGGUGUUACUCUCGUCUCGCAAACAUGAUCCUCUACUUCAUCUACAAGAAUGUGGUGAGCAUUUUUUACCGACUCUGUUUACUCUCGGUAUGUUAAAAAUGUUGGUAAAAUAGUUGCACAAUCAUUGAAUAUACCCAAAACAACUCAAAAAUGCUUCGUAUGAGCAAGACAAGGCCAAGU